AUGGACAGGAGGACAUUCCACAAAUUGUGUGAGAUGCUGCACAACCUACUACUUAAGAAACCAGAUCCUAUACCCGAAGAUUGCACGGAUAAUAAUUGGAAGUAUUUCAAGAAUUGUUUGGGUGCAUUAGAUGGUACACACGUCAAGGUUACCGUUCCAGCUAAUCUAAGAGGGAGGUAUAGGUCAAGGCAUGCUGAUAUUGAUACAAAUGUUUUAGGUGUAUGUGCACCUGACAUGCAGUUUAUUUAUAUAUUACCUGGCUGGGAGGGUUCGACACAUGAUGGUCGUGUUCUUAGAGAUGCUAUUUCGAGGUUGGAUGGGUUUCGAGUCUCUCAAGGACAACGCUACCUUGUUGAUGCUGGCUACACAAAUGCAAAUGGAUUUUUAGCUCCUUAUCGAGUUCAAAGGUACCACUUAGGUAUGGACAACAUGGAUAGCUCAAGUGUUGCACAUGGCAAGGGGGGGGGGGGCAAAAGAAAGUGGACAACAGUGAAGGACGAUGAGCUAGUCAAUCUCUAUGAUCUGUCAUUGGAUCCAUGGUGGAAAGGUGAUAAUGGUUUCAAGAAUGGGUAUUCCUCAGUGCUGGAAAGUAGGUUGGCUGAAAAGCUACCUGAUUGUGGUCUUAGUGCUGCUCCACACAUUGAGUCAACGGUGAGAUACUUUAGGACCAAGUAUGGAUCAAUUGAAGUUAUGCUUAAAAGAAGUGGGGUUUCUUGGGAUGAGAAUAGGAAAAUGAUCCAGUGUGAGAAGCAAUCAUACGAGGAACAUUGUAAGCUUCACAAUGAGGCCAAGGGCUUGUAUGGUGUGCCGUUCCCUUAUUUUGAUAAGUUGGCUGCAAUUUAUAGCAAAGAUAUAGCUGCUUGGGAGGGUGCGGAAGUUUUUGUCGAAGCUAUAACAAAUUUGCAGAAUGAGAUUGUCACCGAGGAUGAGAUGAAUGAUGAAGAGGAAGAUGACAGAACGUCAAGAGAGACACCUAGACGGUCUGUUGACAGCCAUGUCAUCGCUGAUUCUACAAACUCUAAGAAGAGAAAGAAAGGUAACGAGUCUCGUAGGUCAGAAUCAACUGAUCCUUUUCUCACCAUGUUUGGAGAUGUAAACAGCCAACUGAAGAGUGUCACUCAGAAUGUCGGCCAAAUGGCAGCAACAAUGGAACGCGAAGCUAUUGCCUAA